CCGCCGCCGCGAUGCCCAGCAAGUUCAGCUGCCGGCAGCUCCGGGAGACGGGCCAAUGCUUCGAGAGUUUCCUGGAGGUUCGGGGGCUGGACAUGGAGACAGAUCGCGAGCAGCUGCGUACCAUUUAUAACCGAGACUUCAAGACCAGGUACGGGCCGGCCCACUCCCCGGCUCAGAAUCGCGGGCCCAGUUCUCCGCCACGACCCCCACGGCCGGGCCACCCUUCCCGCCCGGGGAGCGGAGGGACACAGCUCCCGCAGUGGCUCUGGCGGGUCCCGGGGCGGCGCAGACCUCCCUCCCGCGCGGUGCCCACGCCCCGCCCGCGCCGCCCGGGGCCCGCCCGCUUUGCCCCCGCCGGGCCCCUGCGCCGAGUCCCCGCGGAAAGCCUGCCGCGCAGCCGCUCCCUCGGCGCCCUGGGCCUGGGUCGGGGUCCUGCGGCCACCCGCCGCUCGAGGGGCGCUGAGGGGACAGCGCUGGGCGUGGGGGAGGGGAGCGUCGAGUGGGGGCCUGAGGCGUCGCGCGAGCGCGGGAAGGAGCUUCCUGCCGGUGGCGGCGAGUCCAGGCGCGGGGUGCUCGGGUACCCCCGCCCCCUUGUUGAGGGGCUGCUUCUUCGGGGAUCCACUAUCCCAGAAGAGACCCAGUGUAGGAGGGAGACUCUCAGGGAACACGAAAAGGGCACCAACUGUUCUUCUGUGAUGCCUGAUGUGUUCUGUCCCAGGGCUGCGGAUAGGAGAGGGCGGGUGCUCCUGGCCAUGCUCCUGACCUGUUGUCUUCUUGUACCUUCCCACCCCGCAACCAUCACUGCUAGAGCCCAGCUGGAGACAACUCUGAAGUCGAAGAACUACGAGGGGAAGUUCCGGCUGCUGCUGCACCUGGAAGAGCUGCAGAUGGAGCAUGACAUUCGGCACUAUGACCUGGAGUCGGUGCCCAUGACCUGGGACCCUGUGGCCCAGAACCCCAGGCUGCUCACACUGGAGGUUCCCGGGGUGACUGAGAGCCGCCCCUCAGUGCUCCGGGGAGACCACCUGUUCGCCCUUUUGUCCUCUGAGACACACCACGAUGACCCUGUCACCUACAAGGGCUUUGUGCACAGGGUGGAAUUGGACCGUGUCAAGCUGAGCUUUUCCACGAGCCUCCUGAGCCGUUUUGUGGAUGGGCUGACCUUCAAGGUGAACUUCACCUUCAACCGCCAGCCCCUGCGGGUACAGCAUCGUGCCCUGGAGCUGACGAGGCGCUGGCCGCUGUGGCCCACGCUCUUUCCUGUGGCCUCCCGUGGGGUCCCGCUGCUGCCCUCGGAUAUGAAGCUCACGCUGUAUGACCGGAAUCUGGAGUCGAACCCUGAGCAGCUACAAGCCAUGAAGCACAUUGUUACGGGCACCACCCGUCCAGCUCCCUACAUCAUCUUUGGGCCUCCAGGCACUGGCAAGACUGUCACCUUAGUGGAAGCCAUCAAACAGGUGGUGAAACACUUGCCCAAAGCCCAUAUCCUGGCCUGCGCUCCAUCCAACUCAGGAGCUGACCUCCUCUGUCAGCGGCUCCGGGUCCACCUGCCCAAAUACAUUUACCGUCUCCUGGCCCCCAGCAGGGACAUCCGCAUGGUGCCCGAGGACAUCAAGCCCUGCUGUAACUGGGACACAAGGAAGGGCGAGUACGUGUUUCCAGCCAAGAAGAAGCUGCAGGAAUACCGCGUCUUAAUUACCACCCUCAUCACUGCCAGCAGGUUGGUCUCGGCCCAGUUUCCCAUUGAUCACUUCACACACAUCUUCAUCGAUGAGGCUGGCCACUGCAUGGAGCCCGAGAGUCUAGUGGCCAUAGCAGGGCUACUGGAAGUCAAAGAACUGGACAACCCAGGAGGACAGCUGGUGCUGGCAGGAGACCCUCGGCAACUGGGGCCUGUGCUGCGUUCCCCACUGACCCAGAAGCAUGGGCUGGGGUACUCAAUGCUGGAGCGGCUGCUCACCUACAACGCCUUGUACAAGAAAGGCCCCGAUGGCUAUAAUGCCCAGUUCAUAACCAAACUCCUACGCAACUACAGGUCUCACCCCACCAUCCUGGACGUCCCUAACCGGCUCUAUUAUGAGGGCGAGCUGCAGGCCUGUGCCGACGUUAUGGACCGGGAGCGCUUCUGCCGCUGGGAGGGUCUGCCCCAAAAGGAUUUCCCCAUCAUCUUCCAUGGUGUCAUGGGCAAGGAUGAGCGUGAGGGCAAUAGCCCGUCCUUCUUCAACCCUGAAGAGGCUGCCACAGUGACUUCCUACCUGAAGCUGCUCCUGACCUCCUCUGUCAAGAAGGGCAAAGCCCGCCUGAGCCCCCGAAACGUGGGCGUCAUCUCCCCAUACCGGAAGCAGGUGGAAAAAAUCCGGCACUGCAUCACCAAACUGGAUAAGGAGCUUCGGGGACUGAAUGACAUCAAGGACUUGAAGGUGGGCUCCGUGGAAGAGUUCCAAGGCCAGGAACGCAGUGUCAUCCUCAUCUCCACUGUGCGGAGUAGCCAGAGCUUUGUGCAGCUGGAUCUGGACUUCAACCUCGGUUUCCUGAAGAACCCCAAGAGGUUCAAUGUGGCUGUGACCCGGGCCAAGGCUUUGCUCAUCGUGGUGGGCAACCCACUCCUCCUGGGCCAUGACCCCGACUGGAAGGCAUUCCUGGAGUUCUGUAAAGAAAACGGGGGGUAUACCGGGUGCCCCUUCCCUGCCAAGCUGGACCCGCAGCAGGGACAGAACUUACUCCAGGAUAUGAGCAAGCUCAGCUCCUCUACCUCAGGACCCCAAAGUAAGGACUACCUCCCCCGGGAGCGGGAGGGUGAAGGCAGCCUGCCCCUACAAGUGGAGCCUGAGUGGAGAAACGAGCUCUGAAAGGACCGCAGCUGCCAAACCUUAACCGCCCGCCCGCCAUGAACCGGAACCCGGCGGAGCGGCCCCUCCAAGGCACAGGAAGGCUGGGGGAAGGAGUUUACAACCCAAGCCAUUCCACCUCUGCCCCUGCAGAGGAGAAUGAUGUAACAAGCUGCUAACUGGGAAAAGAGGCGGAAAAAAACCUCAAAACAAAAUCUUGUCCUAUGCCAAAGCCUCCAUGUCUUCUCAGCCUGGUCCCAGCUUCCAGGCGCUCCCAAGCUGACCCCACAGGGGAGGUGGACCCUUGCCCAGGGCCAUAGCCCCACAGCUACAGAGGAACCCAGCCCCCACAUGCAGAGGCGGAAGCCUUGUGGGAGGUGGCAGACAAGCCACCCACAGGCUUCUAAGUUUAGCCCCUGUUCCAGACCAUUCCCCUCACCCGCCUCUGAGGCCCAGAGCCAGGCAUGACAUCAUCCUUUGCUCUAAGACUCCACCCUGCCUGCCCAGAGUCCUGCCUUUACAAAGGGGGGGCCAGGC